AUGGGGAAGUGUGGGUGCUUCCCUUUACUCAAACUCGUCAAAACUUUCAGGAGGAGCCGUUUACUGAAGAAAGCGGUGAUCGUGGCUUCUGUCUGUGCGCUGUACUUGGUUUUAGUGGCUGGGUUUAGUUCCAGAAACGCAGCAGGGGCAGCGGGGGCGCAGGAGGAACACCCUGGACACACGCGCGGACCGGCCCUGCGUAAAAAGGACCCUGAAGCGCUGCCAGCCGCUGCUCCAACCCGCUCCAACGUGGUCUACAUUACGCUGAAGGCGAAAAGGCUCCAGGCCGCGGGUGUAGGAGCCACUGUCAGGCCGCAGCUGAGAAGAAGGCAGCAUGCGAAGACCCAGACGGAGCCUUUUACGCGUGACUUCUUGGAGCGAGAGGUGAACCGAACCUUUGCGGACGCUGUCCUGCCCGCGUCCCAGAGCCAUGACGUGGAGGUGGAACGCGUAGGAACCCGUGACAGCGUGAGCUCCAUCCGCAUCUACAGCCAGAAGCCCCCGCCAUGGUUAACUCCGGCGGACGUCUACGCCAUGCGCUUUCUGGCCGACGCAAAGGUUUUACGCGUGGGUGAAGUUGCGCGCGGGUCUCUGUUGGUGUUUAGUGAUGGUGGAGCGGCUCCAGGGCGCACGCAGCGGGGUGAUGCGGUGUGUCAAGGCCGGUGUGGGCUCCUGCUCAGCUCCGCAGACUCUGCAGAGGUCCUGGCCUUUCAUCUGGACAGAGUGCUGCUCCUCAACAGGACGCUCCCCACGGUCUGCAGGACGGUCGCCUUUGCACGCGACAGCUGUGUGGUGCAGCUGUGGGACACCUCUCCUCUGUCCCCUGUGCGUCUCACAUGGUCUCAGUACCAGCUGUCACUCAAACACAGCUGCUGGCUCCAGGGCCACGCCCCUGUGCUCUGCUCCAGUGUCCACCAUCACGAGUGGAGCCGUCUGGCCCUGUUCGAUUUCCUGCUGCAGAUCCACCGGCGCCUGGACCCAGGCUGCUGUGGCUUCAGGCCCCAGCCCCAGGAUGAGUGCAGCCCCUCAGGGUGUGUGGGGGAGAGGGACCUGCUCCUGGGACAUCUGCACCACAGGACAGAGGCACCACGACAGCUUAUCUUCACCCACAACCACGGAGACUUCACCCGCCAGCUCCACAACCUGGACUUCAGGCUGCUGGAGGGAAUUACACAACUGCCAGCUGCAGCAGUAGCAGUGCUCCGGAGCGGCAGGCUGAGGGAGCGCCUCCUGCAGUCCCUCUUCAUGGACCAGACAUUUUGGGAGAGCCGAGGGGGACGAGCGGGCAUCGACUCCCUCAUUGAGGUGCUGGAGAGACGAGCCAAAGCCCUGCUGAGCUACAUGCACACACACGGCCUCACACCGACCCCGAUGUAA